AGUUCAAGCAGACGGAGGAUCACAGCACCCGAAUGUUCGGUGCCGGGCCCCUAAUUUAUAAUUUGUAUAAACUGAAUUACCAGCUGAUUCCAACGAUUAAUGCUGUUACAGUGUUUCGAUCGUUUAACAAAUACUGAAAUCGGAUUUCUUUGAAGUUUCAAGAGCUGAUUUUCUUAAGGAUGGCGUUGCAGAUCUAGAUCUAUCUAUUCGUUUCUUUUUCACAUUCUCUCUAUCUCUCUCUCUAUCCAUGGAUCAAAGACUGAAUUGAAGUUGAAGGUUUUAAAUUUUGAUUCCAUAGCUCUUUUUCCGUCACUGUUCUUGCGGCCGAAUUUCAAAAAUAGAUUAAUCGUAAAGUCUAUAUAGCCGAUCUUGUUUGAAAACUGAACUCAUAAUCGAAUCAGCCUGCUUAGUUAUACCUACUUCAUACACCAAAACCAGUAGAAAAUAAACGAUUGAAGUUUAGAAUCUUUUCUUCUUUUCCUUUUAUUUAAUUCUUUUCUCGUUCACCAUGACAUGAAAGAUUGAUCGAGUUACAUAGGUUGUCUAUCCAUCUUUACUUUAUUGUCUUUUUUUUCCAACAAAAAAUCAGAUCCAGAUCGGAAUCGUGGAUUAUGUUUCCAACGAUUCUCUAAUCUCAUCGAAGACCAAACCACAGCUGAAGGCUGAAGAGAGUUAGACAGGAGAGGCGGCAAAAGACCGAGAGAAGUGGAAGCGACUUGCCACAAAUCACUGGAAAUCCACUCAGAAAAGGCAAUAUGGCCGAACAAUUGCAUACAGAUUUCUUUGAUGCACGAUCCCGCUAUCUCCCUCUCCACAAAUUCUCCUUUUGAAUCGAAAACAACAGGGAAAAGGACUUCUCAAUUUUUCAUCUACUCGUAACAUACCACACUGUAUAUACGCAAGAGCCAAGUGGAGAAAGAAAAGGCCGACGAGAGAAGAAAAGCUAAAAAAAGGGAGAGAGAAAAGAGAACCAAACAACUGAACAAGUGACGAAGGACCGAGGACCGGGCAGCUGAAACAAGAAUUGGCGAACGCACAAACCCAACAACUACAAAACAAACUUUCUCACCCUACCGCACGCGCGCUCUUCCACGCAACCAAAAAAUACUUUCUUAGAAUCGUCUUCUUUUAAUCCAACCACCCUCGACGUUUCAAAGCUCGCUUUCUGUAUUUGCUUGUGGAGUUUCGUGUUUGCUAUUCAGAUGUCGCCAUUGAUGGUUGUUCAACUGCAAUUUAUAAUCCUAAACAAUAAUCCGGUUGCUCUGUAUUCAUUUUAAAACUUCCUUUUUUUUUGCAUUUUCAAAGUGUUCUUAUUAGGAAGGUCUUUUCUUUAAUCUUCGUGCUCUUCAAGUUUGAAGUAGAAAAUGGAUUUGUUUGGAGUUUGAGUUUGCCCGCCAUGGAUUUGGAAAGUGGGGUUUAUGGGAACCCUGUCAAGAAACAAUCGUGGAGGACUAUUUUGACCCUGGCUUAUCAGAGCUUGGGCGUUGUUUAUGGGGAUUUGAGCACUUCUCCUCUCUACGUUUACAAGAGUACAUUUGCGGAGGACAUUCAGCACUCAGAGACAAACGAGGAGAUUUAUGGGGUAUUGUCUUUCGUGUUCUGGACUCUUACUUUGGUACCGCUGCUCAAAUAUGUAUUCAUCGUGCUCCGAGCAGACGAUAACGGCGAAGGUGGGACUUUUGCGCUGUAUUCAUUGCUGUGCCGGCACGCCAGAGUCAGCUUCUUGCCCAGUGGCCAGGUCGCAGAUGAGGAGCUAUCAACGUACAAGAAGGAUGGCAUUGGUCCGCCGGACACGAGUUACGGUUCGAAGUUAAAAUCGACGCUAGAGAAGCACAAGGUGUUGCAGAGAGUGUUGCUUAUUCUGGCUUUGAUUGGAACAUGCAUGGUCAUUGGUGACGGGGUCCUCACUCCUGCAAUUUCUGUUUUUUCUGCGGUGUCCGGCCUUGAGCUUUCGAUGUCUAAGGAGCAUCACAAAUAUGUAGAGGUUCCAAUUGCCUGUGUCAUAUUGGUAUGUUUAUUUGCCCUCCAGCAUUAUGGCACCCACCGAGUAGGAUUCAUGUUCGCACCAAUUGUUAUAACAUGGCUUUUAUGCAUCAGUGUGAUUGGUGUAUAUAAUAUUUUCCACUGGAACCCCCAUGUGUAUCAAGCACUCUCUCCUUACUACAUGUACAAGUUUUUGAAGAAAACACAAAGAGGAGGUUGGAUGUCCUUAGGUGGGAUCCUAUUGUGCAUUACAGGUUCAGAAGCUAUGUUUGCUGAUCUUGGACACUUCUCCCAGCUGUCAAUCCAGAUUGCUUUCACCUUAGUGGUUUAUCCAUCUUUGAUACUUGCGUAUAUGGGACAAGCAGCUUAUCUGUCCAAGCAUCACAUGAUUGAAAGUGACUACAGGAUUGGAUUCUAUGUAUCAGUACCAGAGGAAAUAAGAUGGCCAGUUCUGGCAAUAGCUAUACUUGCAGCGGUAGUGGGAAGUCAAGCCAUCAUCACAGGGACUUUCUCCAUAAUCAAACAGUGCUCUGCCUUGGGUUGCUUUCCAAGAGUCAAAAUAGUUCACACUUCAUCUAAAAUACAUGGUCAGAUAUACAUCCCCGAAAUCAACUGGAUUUUAAUGCUGCUAUGUUUGGCAGUUACCAUUGGAUUCAGAGAUACGAAGCGGAUGGGUAAUGCAUCAGGUUUGGCGGUUAUAACUGUCAUGCUGGUCACCACCUGCUUGAUGUCCCUAGUGAUAGUCCUCUGCUGGCAUCAAAGUGUCUUCCUAGCUGUUUGCUUCAUAUUCUUCUUCGGCACCAUCGAGGCACUCUACUUCUCAGCCUCCCUUAUCAAGUUCCUUGAAGGUGCAUGGGUCCCGAUUGCCCUUGCCUUCAUCUUUCUGAUUGUCAUGUACGUGUGGCACUACGGCACACUCAAGAAGUACGAAUAUGAUGUCCAGAACAAGGUUUCUAUAAAUUGGAUCCUCAGCCUGGGUCCCAGCCUGGGCAUUGUUCGUGUACGAGGCAUUGGGCUUAUUGACACUGGUCUUGUCUCUGGGAUCCCUGCAAUCUUUUCUCACUUUGUCACCAAUCUCCCAGCCUUCCACCAGGUUUUGGUUUUCCUCUGCAUCAAGUCGGUCCCUGUCCCAUAUGUUCGGCCCGAGGAACGAUUCCUUGUGGGUCGUAUUGGCCCAAAGCAGUACAGGCUGUAUAGGUGCAUUGUACGUUAUGGAUAUCGUGAUGUCCACAAGGAUGACUUGGACUUCGAGAAGGAUCUUGUUUGUAGUAUAGCAGAGUUUGUCAGGUCAGAGAAAACAGAACCCAAUGUAGGAUCAGUGGACUUGGACAAGGAUGACGAGAAAAUGACAGUUGUUGGGACGUCUUCAACUCAUUUAGAAGGGAUACAGGUGUAUGAAGAUGAUGAGAAUCCUGCUAAAAUGGCAGGCCCAUCAGAGCUGAGGGAGAUACAGUCACCAGUGAAGCCCAAGAAAAGAGUGAGGUUCGUGGUGCCCGAGAGCCCACGGAUGGAUCCGAGUACACGAGAUGAGCUGCGGGAACUCAUGGAGGCAAGAGAAGCAGGGAUGGCAUUCAUUCUCGGACAUUCCUACAUGAGGGCGAAACGGGGGUCAAGCCUAAUAAAGAAACUGGUAAUAAAUGCUGGCUACGAUUUCCUUAGGAGAAACUGCAGAGGACCUACAUACGCACUUAACAUCCCCCAUGCCUCUACUCUGGAGGUGGGGAUGAUGUAUUAUGUUUAGUUUUGAUUAUCCAUGUAGUCUCUUUGUAUUUUUUUUUUCUUUUCUUCCCCUUUUUGUAGCUUGUAAUUUGUAAAUGAUAGAUAAAAGCUUUUCACAGUUCAUACAAGGUCAUCUAUUUUUUUCUCCC